ACUAGGCAUUCAUGUGUGCCACUGCCCGAAGCGAGCACGGAGAACUUACUGUGACUGGCACAUCGGUAUAAGUGCGCGUAGCCCGUGCUCGACAUGGCCAAACCUUCUUCCUACCAGUUCAUCACAUUAUUAUUAGCGAUGUUCCCGCUGUUAGCUUUCCGAAGAGCGGCACAGUAAUUACAAGUCCCAGCUAAAGCCGCUGUGUUAUACUGGGACGUGUAGUUCUCACACUGCUGCCUGCACUGAUCGUUCUGACCGCCAGGUGCCGCUCGGCUCUCGGCUUGGAUGUGCCGGCAAGACUAGCAGAAGAUGGCGGUGCGGAAGAAGGACGGCGGCCCGAAUGUGAAAUUUUAUGAGGCAUCCGACACUGUCUCACAGUUCGACAACGUGCGGCUUUGGCUGGGCAAGAAUUAUAAAAAGUAUAUCCAAGCAGAGCCUCCUACUAACAAGUCACUGUCCAGCUUGGUGGUACAGCUGCUUCAGUUCCAAGAAGAGGUAUUUGGGAAACAUGUCAGCAAUGCUCCCCUCACUAAACUUCCGAUGAAAUGCUUCUUGGACUUUAAAGUGAGCGGAGCUCUUUGUCACAUCCUUGCUGCUGCCUAUAAGUUUAAGAGCGACCAGGGAUGGCGAAGGUUCGAUUUUCAGAACCCUUCACGUAUGGAUCGGAAUGUGGAAAUGUUCAUGACCAUUGAGAAGUCUCUGGUUCAGAACAAUUGCUUGUCCCGGCCUAACAUAUACCUUCACCCGGAUAUAGACUCAAAACUACAGAGUAAGCUGAAAGACAUUGUGAAACGACAUCAGGGCACUGUAACAGAAGACAAGAGUCAUGCAUCUCACAUUGUUGUUCCUGUACCUAGCAAUUUGGAAGAUGAGGAGUGGGUGCGACCCAUUCUUAAGAGGGAUAAACAGGUUCUUCUGCACUGGGGUUAUUAUCCUGACAGUUAUGACACGUGGGUUCCUGCAAGUGAAGUUGAAGCCUCAGUGGAAGAUGCUCCCACAAUAGAAAAACCACGCAAGGUCCAUGCCAAAUGGAUUCUGGAUACCGACUCAUUCAAUGAGUGGAUGAACGAAGAAGACUAUGAGUUGACUGAUGAGAAGAAUCCUGUUGUACGACGUAAGAAAAUCUCUGCCAAGACCUUCACUGAUGAGGUAAGUAGCCCUGACUCUGACCGCAGAGACAAGAAGGGACCUAACUACAAGAAGAGGAAACGCUCCCCUUCCCCACCUCCCAGCGCUGAAGCAAAGAAAAAGGCUGUCAAAAAGGGCCCUUCUACCCCAUAUACCAAAUCCAAGAGGGGUCAUCGAGAGGAGGAGCAAGAGGAUCUGACAAAGGAUAUGGAUGAACCCUCCCCAGUCCCUAAUGUGGAAGAAGUUACUCUCCCUAAAACAGUGAACACCAAGAAGGACUCUGAAUCUGCACCAGUAAAAGGAGGGACUGUGACAGACCUCGAUGAACAGGAGGACGAAAGCAUGGAAGCAGUGACCAAGGAGGAAGAUGAGAACUCAUCUGUGAAUAAAGGCGAGCAAAUAAAAACCUCCGAUCUUCAUGAGGAUAAUGUGACUGAACAAACACACCAUAUCAUCAUCCCUAGUUAUGCUGCUUGGUUUGACUAUAACAGCGUGCAUGCUAUUGAACGUCGGGCAUUACCAGAGUUCUUCAAUGGCAAGAACAAGUCCAAAACACCAGAGAUAUACCUGGCCUAUAGAAAUUUCAUGAUUGACACCUACAGACUAAACCCUCAGGAAUACCUAACUUCAACAGCAUGUCGACGCAACUUGGCAGGGGAUGUCUGUGCUAUCAUGAGGGUUCAUGCCUUCCUAGAACAGUGGGGGCUCAUUAACUACCAAGUGGAUGCUGAAAGUCGACCUACGCCAAUGGGUCCUCCUCCAACAUCACAUUUCCAUGUUUUAGCUGAUACUCCAUCAGGAUUGGUUCCGCUGCAGCCUAAAACACCACAGCAGAGCUCUGCUUCACAACAGUUGCUCAAUUUCCCUGAUAAAAUUAAGGAUAAACCAAGUGACCUUCAAAACUUUGGCUUACGGACAGAUAUGUAUAGUAAGAAGAACACAACAUCCAAGAGUAAGGCUGCUGCCAGUGCAACACGUGAAUGGACCGAGCAGGAGACCCUGCUGCUCCUUGAGGCACUGGAAAUGUAUAAAGAUGAUUGGAACAAGGUAUCUGAGCAUGUGGGAAGCCGAACACAGGACGAGUGUAUCUUGCAUUUCUUACGACUUCCCAUUGAGGAUCCAUAUCUAGAGGACUCUGAGGCCUCUCUGGGACCAUUAGCUUAUCAGCCCAUACCCUUUAGCCAAUCCGGGAAUCCUGUUAUGAGCACAGUAGCCUUCCUUGCAUCUGUAGUAGAUCCACGGGUAGCAUCAGCUGCAGCAAAAUCAGCUUUGGAUGAAUUUUCCAAGAUGAAGGAGGAGGUUCCCACAGCACUGGUGGAAGCUCAUGUCAGGAAGGUUGAGGAUGCAGCUAAAAUCACUGGAAAAGCUGAUCCCAGUUAUGGCCUUGAGAGCAGUGGUAUUGCUGGAACAGCUUGCGAGGAAAACGAGAGGAUAGAUUGUCCCAAAAUGAACACCCCUGAAAUCCAUGGUAGGAAACAUUCCUCUCUUACACACAAGACUUCUUUACAAAGUGAAUCUGACAGGAGACAUUCUAAUUCUACAACUCUACAUCAUACAAAUGAAGACAGCAGUUCAGAUGAGCCCCAGACAGAUGUACAGCCUACAGAAGAGAAGAAAGAGCCAAAGGAUUCACCCGGUGAAACACUCCCUGAAGAUGAGGGAAAGGAGAGAAUCGGUGAAGUAGUAAAGAAAGAGGAAGAAAAAAGUAAAGAUGGAGACACUGACAAAGAAUCUGACAAAAGUGAUAUUGACAUGGCAGAUGGAGAGAAGGUCUCUGACAACAAGGAAGGAGUGGAGGAGACAGACAAGGAAGAGGGUGGUGGAAAGAACAAGGUUGAAAGAGACAUUGGAGAAGGCAAUCUUUCUACAGCUGCUGCCGCGGCUCUGGCUGCUGCUGCUGUAAAGGCAAAGCAUUUGGCAGCAGUGGAAGAAAGGAAGAUAAAAUCUCUUGUUGCACUUCUGGUGGAAACCCAGAUGAAGAAGCUGGAAAUCAAACUGAGACAUUUUGAAGAGUUGGAGACCAUCAUGGAUAGAGAAAGGGAGGCGCUGGAAUAUCAGAGACAGCAACUUCUAGCUGAUAGGCAGAACUUUCACAUGGAGCAACUGAAAUAUGCUGAGAUACGAGCCCGUCAACAGCACUUUCAGCAGAUCCAAAACCAGCAGCAGCAGCAGACCACUUCCAGCAGUCAGCCUGUGCAAGCCACUGCCCAUUCCAUUCCAGUGCCACAGUCAUCCCUAACUCAAGCCCCGGUGAGCUCAGCCAGCAGUGCUGAAAGUCUGGGUCAGCCUUCAGCACCAACCACACAGCCACCUGUCAGUAGUCAGCAACAGCAAGGAGGAACACAACCCAGCCCAGCACAACCUUCUAGCACAUAUACAAGCCAACCGCCAUCUACCCCACUGGUUUCAUCAGCAGUAGCGGUUCCUGCCCAGCCACCGGUGCCCGGUAAUCAGCACCCCAGCAUGCACUUACCUGUCCAGUAUAAUCUGCCUAGUGAAUUAGUUGACUCUGCUCAUCACAAUCCACCAACUAACCUGUAUGCUCCUCACCAUCCCAUGCAUGGCACCUUCCCCCCUGCAGCUUGUCAGGUCAGUGGGGGCCCCCUUACUCCACAUAACCCUUCCAUUAUGGUAUCCUCAGCUUCUAACUUGCCGUCCAACCUUGGUUCAGCUGCCACACAGAGUCCAGCCAUCGUAGCUGCAAUGCAGGGCGGGGCUGCCCUCACUACCAGUCCUGUGCAAGAACCUGCAACACCUCUGCCUCCAGACUCCAUUGGGAACACAGUAACCCAGCCCCAACCAUAGCCUGUCUGUGUGAAAUUUUGGGAAAGGCAUUAAAGGGUGAAAGAGUUCUUCCAUACAUCCACCUGUGUUUAGUUCCAAUGUUUGUCACCAUCACUUCCAAACUGCUUGAGCCCCACAAAUCCCAACCCCCGAGAGAAGCUCCUCAUUUGCUUCAUUUCCAUCGUUCCUUUGGUUAUUGCCCACUGAUCUGCACCAUGAAGUUUCUCAUCUCAAGUGUAAAAGUAGAGAAUUGUGAAUGGAAAAAGAUGCAUUUUUGUAUGAAGGUUUAAAUGACACAAAAACGACUUUUCCACAAGUGGUUCAGAAGUUCACUGGGAAGAUGUUUACCUGCAACAGUCCAAUCCAACAUCUCCAUGUGUUGGAAAGAUUUAUCGGUUAUCUCAUUUUUAGACCAGAUUAUAUGAAUUUGAUGCCAUACAAAGCAGAUUGUAAAGCCCAUGGGUCGGCUGGAGGUUAGUAUCCGAUUAUUAAAACUCCAGUUGGGCAGCCCUUUUCUAUGGUAGAGUAAUGGACAGUGGAGCACAAUGCGAGAAUAAUUGAUGUUGCAGGACUCGGAUGGACAAUGCUAUUAUAGAGGAACCUACAAAAUGAUUGUUGCCAUGUUGGAAGAAUCACAAGCCAGAAUACCGUGCGUAUUUACUUCUGGUCUCACAUUGACCAGUGUCAGACAGUGAUGCACUGCCCUUGGCAUCCAACAAAAAAUAUAUUUGUAUUUUAUUUUCUUUCUGCUGAUUUUAACCCAUAAAAUGCUUUUAAAUGGCCUGCAGUCACAACUGCCCUCUCUGAUGGCAACGUUUAGCUGAUAAUGGUCUGAAAACGAACCAACCUGCAAAAUCUCCAUUGCUGGGAUCAAAUGGGCAGCUAGGGAUGAGCAGCGGAAAUGACGCCCAUAGACUUCAAUGGGAGCAAAACAAUUUUGCGUGUCAAAAAAAAAAUUGUUGCACAUAGACUUUAAUGCAUUUUGGCGAAUUUUUGCUGUCGCCAAAGUUUUGGCGGAUCUAAACGGGUUAAAUUCACCCAUCCCUACCAGGGCAGCGCCUCCAGCCAAACUGCCAUUAUUACCAGGUGUGCUCCGUUUUUACUGGUGUCAUUUUAUAUCUAUUGGAGGCUCUCUCAUCCUAUCUCUUUAUCGGUGUUCUUGUUUGAUUUUGUUAAGUAGUUGUGAUGGAUUGUGUAAGGAUUGUGUAAGGAGAAAAGCACUGAGAGGUGUAACAACCUGAGGGAGCAGUUUGUGUCCGUGAGAUACAUUAUCCCUGGCGAUUAAACACCCAGGGAAGUGAUAUGUCUCGUGCCACAGUGCACUAUUAGUAAAAUAUUUUAGCUUUUAACUAUAUAAAACUUUUUAUUAUUAUUUUGAAUCAUAUUUUAAAUAUUUUGGCCAGGAAAGCAGAGGUUGUGAGUGCACUUUAUAGAGGCACGGGGUUCACACUGAAAUAAGAAACUUUGUAAAUACAAUCAAUUAAAUAUUCGGCAUAAUUUCUGAAAUAAUCAAGUUUAUGUUCACUAUUCCUCUCUCAGCAUCUGUUUCUCUUCAUUCUCUCUUCAUGCAGCAGUUGGGUGUCAGAUAUUAACUGUCAAUGAUUCUCUAACACCCAACUGCUGCAUGAAGAGAGAAUGAAGAGAAACAGAUGCUGAGAGAGGGAUAGUGAAUAUAAACUUGAUUAUUGUAGAAACGGUAGAGAAUUUUUAAUUGAUUGUAUUUAGGAAGUUUCUUAUUUCAGUAUUAAAAUAUUACAUUUUCAUUUUCACAAUAGUUCCCCUUUAACAUUCAUUAUUACGGUAUAUCUAUUAGAGCAGUGGGCACUACCUUCCCCCUCUUGGAUAAUUAGACUGCUUGAUGUAUCAGUUGGAAGGUUUGGAGAGAUCUGUGGCAGCUUGCAGUGUUCUUCAUGUUACUGUACUUUAUCCUGUGUCUGUGCAUCUUAAAACCCCCGGGCACGGGGCAUUAAAAUCUUACAGUGUUCAUUGCCUUUCCUGGACUAUAAAACGUUUCUUUUGCUUGUGGGAUGGAAACCUGUUUGUUGUUUAUCAAAAUUGCUGUUCAUAUGUAUUUAUUUUAUUUGUUUUGUGACUUGGCUGGGGAAUGGGUUUUCUGGACAAAGGUCCGUUCCCCUCAGAACACGUUCUGAUAAGUCUUAUCUGUGACACAUUCCUGCUAAGGAAACUGAAGACUUAAGUGUAUCAAUGAAUUGAUGCGGGUGGGGAACAAGGACCGGUCUUUAUUGAUUCUACUUAUAAAAAGAAAAUGUUCUUGCGUGUUGCUCAUCUCAAAUAAAGGCCAAUGAGCGAUUCGACUAGAAAUCAUGUACAGUUGCUCGAGCAAUUGAUCAGUGUGCCGGGGCAUUAUUGAAAGCUGAUGCCAUUGUCAUGUCCAGACUCCAUCUUUGGUUUUACAUUGAGCAAAGUGUAGCAGCCUCCUGCAUAAUGUCUCUAACCCAAACUUGUUCAUUUGAGGAAAGGGGGUGCACCGUCUCCAUUUUGUUUACGGUAUUCGGUUGUUAAAUGCAUCUACAAUAAACAUGGGAUUUCACUUUUUGCUACGCUA